AUGGAGGAGGCAAUCGCUUUAUACCGGGAAGCGUUGGAACUCUGUCCCUCUGGACAUCCUGAUCGCUCUUCUUCGUUCCGUUAUCUGGCUCUCUGUCUUUUGGAUAGGUGCGACAAUCAGGGAGUAGUCGCGGACCUGGGGGAAGCUGUCAUACGCGGACGUGCAACACUAGAGCUCCAUCCAACAGGGGACUCUAAUCAGGAUGCAUCUUUCCACAAUCUCGCUCGUGACCUUAGGACGAGGUUUCGUGAACAAGCUGCGGUGCAGACUGGACUGGCAAUUAAAUUGAACCAGGCGGUAUUGGAACUCCGUCCCUCUGGACAUUCUCAUCACUCUUCAUCGCUGCGUAACCUCGCUCUCUGUCUUUCGGACAGAUACAAGAAUCGGGGGGCAGUUGCCGACUUGGAAGAAGCUAUCACACUUGGGCGUGCAGCACUAGAGCUCUGUCCCCCAGGGCAUCGUGAUCGUGAUACAUCUCUCCACAAUCUCGCUCGUGACCUUGGGACGAGGUUUCGGAAACGAGCUGCCAUGCAGGACUUGGACGAGGCAAUUAAGCUGAACCAGGCGGCAUUAGAACUCCGUCCCUCUGGACAUCCUCAUCGCUCUUCAUCGCUGUGUAACCUUGCUCUCUGCCUUUCGGAUAGAUACGAGAUUCGGAGGAUGGUCACUGAUCUGAAAGAAGCUAUCAAACUUGGGCGUGCAGCACUAGAGCUCUGUCCCCCAGGGCAUCGUGAUCGUGAUACGUCUCUCCACAAUCUCGCUCGUGACCUUAGGACGAGGUUUCGGAAACAAGCUGCCGUGCAGGACUUGGACGAGGCAAUUCAGCUGAACCAGGCGGCAUUGGAACUCCGUCCCUCCGGAAAUCCCCACCGCCCUUCAUCGCUGCGUAACCUUGCUCUCUGUCUUUCGGACAAAUACGAGAAUCAGGGGGUAAUCACUGACCUGGAAGAAGCUAUCACACUUGGACGUGCAGCACUAGAGCUCUGUCCCCCAGGUCACUCUGAUCGUGACGUAUCUCUCAAAAAUCUCACUCGUAAUCUCAGGGUGAGGUUCCAGAAAGAAGCUGGGAUGCAAGACUUGGGUGAACUGAUUGAACUGCACCGGGAAGCACUGGGACUCCGUCCCUCUGGACAUCCUCAUCGCUCUUCAACGCUGCGUAACCUUGCUCAAUGUCUUUCAGAUAGAUACAAGAAUCAGGGAGCAAUUGACGACUUGACAGAGGCUAUCACACUUGGGCGUGCAGCACUAGAUCUCUGUCCUCCAGGGCACCGUGAUCGUGAUACAUCUCUUCACAAUCUCGCUCGUGACCUUGGGAUGAGGUUUCGGAAACAAGCUGCCAUUCAAGACUUGGGCGAGGCAAUUAAGCUGAACCAGGCGGCAUUGGAACUUCGUCCUUCUGGACAUCCUCAUCGCUCUUCAUCGUUGCGUAACCUUGCUCUCUGUCUUUCGGACAAAUACGAGAAGCAGGGGGUAAUUACUGACCUGGAAGAAGCUAUCAGACUCGGACGUGCAGCACUGGAGCUCCGUCCGCCAGUGCACUCUGAUCGUGACGAAUCUCUCAUUAAUCUCGCUCGUAAUCUCAGGAUGAGGUUCCAGAAAGAAUCUGGGAUGCAGGACUUGGAUGAAGCGAUUGAACUGCACCGGGAAGCACUGGGACUUCGUCCCACUGGACAUCCGCAUCGCUAUUCAUCGCUGCGUAACCUUACUCUCUGUCUUUCGCAUAGAUACAAGAAUCGGGGGGCAGUCACCGACUUGGAAGAAGCUAUCAAACUU